GAAAAACCAAUCGCAGACUGGACCCUUCUCCUGUCACUAGCCGCGGAUUAAACCGGCGUGCUCGUUUGUGUACUACCACGUACAAGUCGUUUUCCCCUCUGAAAGACGUACGUCAGACUGGUCACGAGCCUAGGGACGAUGACAGAUAGCAUGUUGUAUGAUGAAGCUGCAUUGCAGGCUCCCGCAAGCGCCUCGCAAACCGACAAAAACUCUGUAGAUUCUGGCCUUGACGACCACUUGGAUGCGCCAGAUUUUCCCGAAGGUGGGUUUACAGCUUGGGGCACAGCGCUGGGCGCUUUCUUGAUCCAAUUCUGUGGCUUCGGAUAUACCAGCGCUUACGGUGUCUUUCAAGACUUUUACACUCAAACAUACCUGACCAAUUCCACGCCAUCUGAAAUCGCCUGGAUAGGAAGUGUCAAUGCAUUUUUAAUAUUAUCAGUCGGUCUCGUGUCAGGAAGGAUGCUUGACCGGGGCGCAUUCUACCAUGCGAUGAAGAUCGGCUGUCUCCUCCAAUGUUUUUUCCUCUUUAUGUUGUCCCUGGCGAAGCCAGAUAGAUAUUAUCAAAUCUUCCUUUCCCAAGGUGUCGGUGUCGGUUUUGCAAUAGGCCUUACGAAUGUUCCCUCCAUCGCUGUGGUAUCGCACCACUUCCAGCGACGCAGAGCUUUCGUGAUGAGCUUUGUCGUUGCGGGGGCGUCAACGGGUUCAAUCCUGCACCCCAUCAUGCUUAACAACCUCAUCAAUGGAAGACUUGGCUUUGCAAAUGGUGUUCGUGCAAGUGCAGCCUUGAUUGGUGGCCUGCUUUUCAUAGCAAAUCUCCUGAUGCGAACGAGGCUUCCACCGCAAUCAAAGGCCGUAAGUUACACACGCGUUCUACGAAAAUCGUCGAGAGAUGGUGCGUAUGUGUGUGCGUGUUUAGGGAUGGCUUUGUACGAAGCUGGUUACUUUUACGAAACCUUUUAUCUCCAGUUGGACUCCACUUUGCACGGUCUAAGCCAAGGAUUUUCAUUUUAUUCACUCACAAUUCUUCAUUCUGGUUCUUUCGUUGGCAGACUGACUGCGGGUGUUAUCUCCGCCUACGUGGGCAUCCCAAACACGGUCAUCGGCUCUUCGUUAAUAUCAUCUGCUGUGAUAUUCGCAAUGACCGACUUGCACUCAAUGGCCAGCGUGGCAUUGAUAGCUAUUAGCUAUGGUUAUUUUUCCGGUGGCGUUGUAGCAAUGAUAGGCCCAUUGAUAUCGUAUCUGACCCCUGAAAUCUCAGACAUCGGCGCACGGAUGGGGAUAUUAUUCGCGAUAGGUGGUAUUGGAUCGCUCACAGGGGCGCCGAUUUGCGGGGCUUUCUUAACUUCGCAUUAUAUCUGGUGGAAGGCCGCUGUCUUUGCUGGGAGCGUUGCUACUGGCGGGAGCAUCAUGUUCGCAUCCAUGCAGCUGAUCUUGAAGAUGCGUCAAAAGACUGCAAGUGUCUGUUCCAAGGAAGCUGGUGUCUGAUUCAAAGCGUGUCAAGUUUCCCCGCCUCCCUACGAUGGCAAGUCUUCUAUAGGAUCGAUUCGAUCCCACAUAUACUGUAACAUAACUGUGGAGCGAGCAUGUGAAACGAAGCUACAAUGUAUAAUACUGAAACGUACGUCCGUGUACGUAUAUAUGAUAAAGCUA